ACUGUCAAACAACUCGCGUUUUCUUCACGCAUCGGCUCGUGUUUUUUCCUAGUGAUUAGAAUUUUGUGAUUAAUUCCAAAAGUGCUGGUUCUUUUGCGUAAUCAAUGCGAAAAUAAAUUUCUGCAUUGGGGGUGCGCAACUUUUACUUAUCUGGUGGAAAAGCUUGUCGAAGGCAUUUGUUCAACGGGUGUUGUGUGAAAGAAAUCUACUAAAAUGGGAAACGUGCUCGCAGCUUCUAAACCAAUCGCCGCCAGUGGAUUGCCUCCUCCGCCGGCAGAACCAUCGAUAGCAGAAGUUCCUACCGCCACCUCGGAAUCGGACAAACCCUUGGACAACCCGGGAUCGAUGGAGGAACUGCACAAAAAGUGUAAAGAUGUUAUGCCUGCAAACUUCGAGGGCGCCAAGCUUAUGGUUAACAAGGGCCUCAGCAAUCACUUCCAGGUCUCACACACCAUUAACCUCAACUCGUCUAAUACCAGCGGAUACCGUUUCGGGGCCACCUACGUUGGUACGAAGCAAAUUUCCCAGAACGAAGCGUUUCCGGUGAUCCUGGGUGACAUUGACCCAGCCGGAAAUUUGAACGCCAACAUUAUUCACCAGGUGGCACCGAAUGUCCGGUGUAAGUUCGCCUCCCAAAUCCAGAACAGCAAAGUCACUGCCGCACAGCUGACCACCGAUCUCAAGGGUCAGGAUUUCACCGCCUCGCUCACCGUGGGCAAUCCGAACAUACUCAACAAUUCCGGCGUCCUGGUGGCUCACUACCUGCAGUCGGUAACCAAACGCUUGGCGCUCGGUGGUGAGCUCGCUUAUCAGUAUGGACCGGCGGUUCCCGGCGGUCAAAUUGCCAUUGUAUCUGCCGCAGCCCGUUACGCCACGGAAUUGUCCACCUGGUCCGGUACCGUUGGGCUGGCCGGGGUUCACGUGUGCUACUAUCAGCGAGCCAGCGAUCAACUGCAGCUAGGUGUGGAGGUGGAAACCAACUUCCGGAUGCAGGAAGCGGUGGCAACCCUCGGCUACCAGAUCGAUCUACCAAAGUCCGAGCUCGUAUUCCGCGGCAUGGUGGACACCAACUGGACGGUGGCCGCUGUUCUAGAGAAGAAACUUCCACCACUGCCGUUGACCUUUGCCCUAAGCGGCAUUUUGAACCACACCAAGAACCAAUUCCGACUGGGUUGCGGUUUGAUUAUUGGUUAAAAAACGUACAUUCUUGAUUAGGCAUUUUAACCGGAGUUCAAAUACACAGCAGGGUUUGGCACAGUAACGAAUCGUGCGGUGCGUAUUCGUGGAAACCUAAGAGAAUAGUUGAACCACAGCCAGCAAAAAACAGCAAAAUUAGUCCGUUAGAAUUGAAAUUUAUAUUCAGAGUCAAGUAACUGAAACAUUACACAAAAUAUGACAACAAAAUAUAUGAAAUAACUAAAUAAA